UCGUGCGAAGGAGCUCCGAGGCGUUUGGUUAAAGCUCCGUUGUAAUGUUUACUUCUCGGAUAUAACGGCGUGUGCUGCUGAUGGCGCUGAUGGGGGGCAGAUGCGAUUUUUAAUGCCCCUCGAGCCCUUUAUUUGCCACAACGCUUGGUUUUAAACGCUUCACACUUCGGGCUGAGGGAGAAACGGGGCCGCGUUCAUGAUGGCGAUGUUCCGCAGUUUCGUCUCGGCCGCCCAGCUGAGGCAGCAGCAGCAGCAGCAGGGGCAACAGAGCGGGGCAGUUGGGGGGGACAGCCUGGAGAGCCAGUUCUCCUGCCCCAUCUGCCUGGAGGUCUACCACAAACCCGUCAGCAUCGCCAGCUGCGCCCAUACGUUCUGCGGGGACUGUCUUCAGCCUUGUCUGCAGGUGACGUCCCCUCUCUGUCCCCUGUGCCGCAUGCCUUUUGACCCAAAGAAAGUGGACAAGUCCUCCAGUGUGGAGAAGCAGCUCUCCUCUUACAAAGCCCCCUGCCGAGGGUGCAGCAAAAAAGUCACACUGGUCAAAAUGAGGUCACACAUUUCAUCUUGCACAAAGGUUCAGGAACAGAUGGCCAACUGCCCAAAGUUCAUGCCCGUGGUCCCCACUUCACAGCCUAUUCCCAGCAAUAUUCCGAACAGAUCGACAUUUGUGUGCCCCUACUGCGGAGCUCGAAACCUGGACCAACAAGAGCUGGUGAAGCACUGCAUGGAAAACCACCGCAACGACCCCAACAAAGUGGUGUGUCCGGUGUGUUCUGCCAUGCCCUGGGGUGACCCCAGCUACAAGAGCUCCAACUUCCUGCAGCAUCUCCUGCACCGGCACAAGUUCUCCUAUGACACAUUUGUGGACUACAGUAUUGAUGAAGAGGCAGCACUGCAGGCAGCACUGGCCCUCUCUCUGUCUGAGAACUGAGACCCAGCAGCCUCCACCAAUCAGCAAACGCCUCCCCCAACUUCUCUGCCAAUCAGCACCAUCCACCCGACCUCCACUUCCAAUCAGCAUUACCUCCCCCGACUUCUCUGCCAAUCAGCACCACUUCUCCCAAGUUCUCCACCAAUCAGCACCACCUUCCCCAUCUUUUCCGCCAAUCAGCACCAUCUACCCUAACUCCUUUUCCAAUGAGCAUCACCUCCCCAGCUUCUGCACCAAUCAGUACCAUCCCCCCAACUUCUCCACCAAUCAGGACCAUUUACCCUAACUCCUCUUCCAUCAGCAUGCCCUUCCCCAACUUCUCCACCAGUCAGCACCACCUCCCCAACUUCUCCACCAGUCAGCACCAUCUACCCUAAGUCCUUUUCCAGUGAGCACCACCUCCCCAACUUCUCCACCAAUCAGCACUAUCUACCCUAACUCCUCCUCUAAUCAGCAUCACCUCCCCCUAGUCCUUCCCCAGUCAGCACCAUUUUCCUCAGCUUCUCCGCCAAUCACCCGCCUACUCAUCCAUCUCCUCCACACUGUGGCCAUAUGAAGGAUGAUCUUUUAGAUCCUCUUUUAACCCCAACACCCCCUUUCAUUCACUUCUCUCGCUCUUUCUUUCUUUCUUUCUUUCUUUCUUUUCUUCCUUUCUUAUAGUCCGUUCCCUCUGUCUCUCGUCCUACCUCUCUCUUUCUCUCUGUUUCAGCAAUCUGUGCACCAGGUAGCUGCUCCACUGCUCUGUACCUGGCGUGCCAGUCACAUGAUGCUGGUCACAUGAUCUCACAUUAUCUGGGCAGUAACUGCUGUAGUCAAUAACAAUAGCAUGACUUCACGACUUUCUUAUCUUUGGAAUAUAACACAAAAAGCGUGGAUUCACGUUUAUGAAGGAAAAAAGGAUGGACAUCAUCAUCAAUUCCGUUUCACUUCCACAUUUUCCCCCUUUCUUUCUGUGUAUUUUCCCUCUCUUUCUCUCUCAAACAUGGACAGAUGGCGGCUCGAGCAGGAAAAGCCGUCACAUUUCUUGCACGUUCUGCUGGAUGAGAGCGUUAUUACGGGCUUGGAUGAUGUGUUUGUGUUGGCUGCGGUCACUAAGCUGGCACUGAUGGCCUUGUGCCAGCCACCCCGUUAUUACCAUGGUGACUGAUUUCAUGAUGAAUGCCUAAGACUCAUAUUCAGCACUGAGAGAAAGAGAGAGAGAGAGAGAGAGAGAGAGAGAGAGACAGAGCAGCUCUCCAGACUGUACAUUAUUUUACUGUGAGCAGGAAGAAACCGAGUUAAAUGUUUAUAAUAUACACUGGGAGGUUUUACCUUGUGGGGAUGAUUAUUCAGCUUUAGGCAAUACCGGUACAGCACAGAGAGAAGGAGCUGAUUCAGUGUUCACCCUGUCCCGACACCGACAUGUUCUGUUUUAGGCCGUCACAAAACAAUCUCUCUCCCCCACUUUUUUUAAAUCGUCGUGGAUACUUGCACUUCUCAUGGUUUUUCUACAUGACUGAAUUCUAGUACUGAUGUUGUUUUAUAGUUCUCUGACAGGAUACUAGUACUGCAUUUACUUUUCUCUCUGCUCUUAACUGGUUACCUUGCUACAAUAAUAUUUUUUAUGAAGCAUCAGAUUAGAAGAAAAUAUAUAUUUUUGGAAAAACGUUUCAGUUUCAAAUGGUGCACUAAUACUGAGGAAGUACACUCGUUGAACUCCUGGGGAUGUGUUCAUUUGUUUUACCUUCUUUUUAUAUUGGAGGUCAAGGAAAGACUGCGGAGGGCAUGUAGUCGCGAAGCUCGACCACUAGGUGGCACUUGGCUAUAAGCGUUAGCUUCAUGGGAGGGCAAGCAUGAACCACAGUCAUUCAGAGCCCAGAUUCGUGUGUCUAUAAAGCUUGCAUGAUCGUUCCUAACCUUGUAUAGUGUUGACAGAUCUCUGAUGCGGGUUAUGGACGUUGUUGUAUAUGAACAUUGACUGUUUUGCUUUCAUACUUGUGGAUUUGUCACAAAAAUGAAAGGAUUAGGUGUGGUCAGGUGUUAGCCAGUGCUGCUGUAUUCUGCUUGGUGGUGCUGGAGACUUGAUUAGCUCUCUUGGCAACAGAAGGCAAGGCCUUUAGGGUUGGGCUCAACCCAGGAUCAGGCAAAAGCCUGAGUCUGAUUAGAACUCACAAGGCCUUGAUUUAUUGUGUUCUGAUGAAUAUUGAGGCAUUUCAAACUAGCCUGUAUAUGGUAUUCAUAUUAAAGGGACAUUCCAGUCUACAACUAGCUUAUGUUAUCUGUCUGAUUAUGUAGUGUUGUGUAGUGCAGCACCUCUUGGCCUCAUUGGUUUAACAGAAUUCCCACUUUUAUAUCAUUCCUUUUCUUCCUCCUUCACUGUUGUCUCACAAUGUCCUUCAUCCCCCUGAUCUUAAAUGAGAUUUCCAUUGAUUUUCAAAAUUUCUGCAUAGUUAAGUGGGUAAGAUGUAAACAAAGCCGUUCAGAGUGGUUUGGUGUAAAAUGCUCCGUUCUAGAGAAACUUGCUGAGUCAGAAUUGUUCACAGUGGUGGCGAUAGGAACCAGACGUCUGAAGAGUUUAAAGCCAGUUUGAGUUGUCAAGUUUCUCUAGAAUGAAGCAUUUAAAAGUGGGUACUCUCUGAAUGACUGUUGACCUUGAAUUAUAUGGAAAUUUUGCAGAUGGAUGAGAUUAGUUUUAGCAUGAGGAGGUGAGGUGAUGUAAUUAUUACUGGUCAAUCUCAGUAAUUGUGUUCCCCUCUUAAUCAGGUAUAUCAGGCAUUUGUACAGAUUUGAUGCUCCCGUGUGAGUAAAGAUUCCAGUGGCUUUCACCUGUUAUAAAAUGAACCAUAGAAAUAAUAGCAUUUUCUUGUAAUAUCUCUGGCCUGGAUCAAUCAAAUACAUAUUGUAUUACACUGACAACAGUGGUUUUCUGUGCUGAAUUAUGUUGAAUAUUGGUAAUGGCAAUACGAAUGACAUAAUGCAUUCGCUUAAAUAGCUUGGUAAAUGGUUAGGUUAAACGGAGUUAUGAUUAUUAAAAUGUUUGAACAUGUUUUCCACUUGAAUUUUUGCGUAUGGAGCCUUUUUGGUGUGACGUCAGUGCGUAAAUUGAGAAGCCGCUCUCAUCUCCGUAAUUUAUACUGGUGUGUCUUAUCCGUCCUGAGGUUAAAUUACAUUUCUCCAUACUACUCUACAAUCAGUAAAAAUCUCUACAAAUACUGACCAUCAGCUGCUGAUCUAGAGACUAUUAAAUGUAUUCGUGAUCUUGCACCAACCUUGUUUUCAUUGUUAUUCAAAGGCUACAAAAGGAAUAACUCAGCCUGGCUCACCCCAAAGCACUUGUUGUCUUUUAAAAUGCACUUCCACCUUCAAGAUACAUCAUUGUUAAGGAGCAUUUUUAGCCUUUCAAGCUGCAAAUCUUCCUUUAGAGGCUACUAUGGCCCUGCUGUAAUAGGGGUGUAGGCAUAUUUACAACACGUAGCGAUAGUUAUAUUUUUCAUUUUGGCUGGAGUGUCCCUUUAAGAGGAGCUUGGAAAGGUAAUGACUGGGAAAAUGUUUGUUACUGGCGGACCCUUUUCUGCUCAUCUCUCCAGCAUAUUUAAUUUAGCUUUAGUUAAUCAAACUUCCCAAGCGUGUCACAAUCGUAUCGUAUUAUGUCUGUUUAAAUUGAUGGCACAGUUCUGAAAUCAAUUUGUUCCCAGCAAAGAUUUGCAGCCUGGCCGCCUGCAGAGAAGUGACUCAACGUGAAUGCAAUGUAUUUGGAAAAAUGAGAGAAAAAAAAAAAAAGAAUUCAUUGCUGUGAGAUAUACAAGAUAUUUACUUCUUGCUCUUUGUAAUCAUUCGGAGUGCUUUUUAAUCAUUUAGAGUGAUCACACUUGAUUUCCUUUAAGAAAAGCCUGUAAGUGGCUUAUUCUUUAAAGAGCACUUGGUUCGUGUUGGUCUGUGGUGUUUUAUCUCGCUUAAAGAAUACAGUGUUUGUAAUUUGACGUGUACAUGUGCUGAUAAGGAGGUAGGAGCUUCACUGUGAGCUCUGCUGGAACUGCCAUGUGUGAAGCCCAUAGGAUUUACUGGCUUUGUUUGGUGGAGUUUGUUAGCUGAUGCUCUGCUUUUUAAGAGGGUGUUAGGGGGAAAAAUCUGAAAAAAAUUGUUGUACAUAUAAAUAGCAGGCUUAAGAGUUUUUGCCUCAUUAUUGUGGCGUAGGCUUAAAUCCUAAUGAAGGUGGGAUCACCUUCGUUUUUAUGAAGCAGCAUGUUAAAAAACAUUGCACCUUGACUCAAAUGUCUUGAAGAAUGAGUAGGAAUUUUGUUCCAGUGUUUUACUUUGGCUAAGUACUGCCAAUUGUGUUUUACAGCAGUCACAAAAGUGUGUUACAUUGUUGUUCUAUGGAAAAAGGGAGGAUAAAACGGAAGGUUGGUUUUUGGUGAGAAUGCUGCUGCACAAGUAGCUGUCGUUUUUCUGUGGUGAUGAGUUACGUUUGACAUUUACAGCCAACGGUGUUGUGGCAAACAUCACUCAGUUCCCAAGAAUAGUUGGGACAGUGUGUGAAAUGCAAAUUAAAAACAGAAAGCAGUGAUUUGCAAAUGCACUCUGACUUGUUUUCAAAUGACAGCAGUACAAAGACAAGAUAUUUAACAUCCAAUUAAUUUUUUAUUUUUUAUUUUUGACUCUCUGAAAUCAAUGCUGACACGAUCCACAGUGGUUAGGGACAGGAGCAAGUUAUUACUAGGAAAGUUGUAAAUAAACACCAUCCACAAAUCCAAGUUAAGACGGUCAGAGGAAGUCGUAUGUCAAAAGCAUCCAGAAACGCCGCCGACUUCUCUGGGCUCAAGCUUAUCUGAAAUAGACUAGCAUAAAGUAUAAUUGUGCUUUGUGGUCUGAAGAGUCAACCUUUCAAAUUAUAUAAGGAAAUAAUGGAUGUUGAGUUCGGCCAAAAACAAAAAGGAUCCAGAUUGUUACCAGCAUAAAGUCUGCCAUGGAAUGAGGGGUUUUAGCGGAUGACUUUCUCAUCUGUGAAAGCACCAUUAAAACUGAAAGAUAAAUGUACACAUUUUUGACGCCAUCUUUUUCAGGGACAUCCAUGCUUAUUUCAACAUGACUGCGCCAAGAAACAAGUUAAAACAGCAUGGCAGUGUAAUCAGAGUGCAGGUGCUAGACUGACCUGCCUGCAGUUCAGACAUUCUCCCAUUGAAAAUGUGUAAAACAGAAUUUUCACUGCUGUCUGUAAUAAUUACCAUUUCACAAACUGUCUCAACCAUUUUGGAAUUGAAGUUUGUAAAAAAAAAAUAUAUAUAUAUAUAAUAAUAAUAAAUAAAACAUCUUAUUGUUCACACAGGAACGGCCUCUGGAAAAAUGCGUUUGAUGUGUUUGUGGGUUAAUGUUCAGCUGGCAUUAUGAAAAUGCCAAUAAGGAUUUUAUAGAAGCGCAUGAUGUGGGUUUUAUAACCUCAUGUACUCAUGAUGUUUAAGCCUUGAGUGAAUUUGGACUGAAAAUGCUUCUGAAAGCUUUGAAAGCUUCUCUCGCUGUGUAACUAGGUAACGUCCUGCGACUGAUCGACCCAUCCCCCCAAACUUUUUUUACUCAUUUAUUAUUGAUGCUAUUUUCUAUGUGUUUGUAAAAUACCACGUGCAGAUAAUAUCCAUGUUCACAGCUGUAGCAUAACAUGUAGGUUUUUAAACUUAAACUUUUUGAUAUUGUACUCCCUUUUCUUCUGUUCUCGUCCCCCCCUUUGAGAAUGAUCCUGCAAAUGUACAAUUUUCAUGUUUUUUGUAAUUCUAACAUUGUCACUGUACAUCAUAUACAAGCUUCUGUGUCUCUUGCAAUUGUGGGACUGGAAUCGAACUGGGUUGGCCA